UGGCAACAAAUUGGUUGAUAAUCUUAUUAAAAAAUCGCUUACUUUAAAUGUCAAGAACCGAAUAACAUAUAUUCCAUUUGAGCAAUUCACUAACAUCGAAUAUCUUGCCGAAGGUGGAUUUAGUAAAAUAUAUAAAGCUAUAUGGGAAGAUGGUCCAAUUACUGGAUGGCACUCUAAUCGUGGAGAUUUUAGGCGGCGUGAACGUAAAAUUGUUCUUAAAAAGUUUAAUAAUUCUGAAAAUAUUGAUC